UGAAAUUGUCCCUCGCCUGCUGCCGUAGUAAACAGUGAUGGCUUCCUCCGAGACGCAGCCUCGCUUCGGUCAAUCUGUUAAAGGUUUAUUAUCUGAUAAAGUCACUUCUUGCAGUGGAGAUGUGAUCGCUCUAACCCGUCAAGUGUUGAAAGGAUCCAGGAGCCAAGAACUGCUCAGCCAGGCAGCGAGAAAUAUGGUAAUUCAAGAAGAUGCAAUUCUGCAUUCUGAAGAUAGUCUACGGAAGAUGUCUAUUAUAACAACCCACUUGCAGUAUCAGCAAGAGGCCAUUCAAAAGAAAACACUCCAAAAACCUGCAGGACCAGCUCAAACACUUGAUGAAAUAACGGAGCCCUUCUAAUAACAUGCUGUGAAUAUCGCAUUCUCUAGUUUUUAAUUGAUUUUGUAACAGUAGAUCCCAUCACUUUUUGAGACUGCAGAUGAUGGCUUAUUGCAUAGCAGAUAGCUAUUUAAAAAAAAAAAAAGGCACAGCCCAACAUCCUUCUAUUCUCUAACACCUGAUUAUGAAUGGUCAUGAAUAACAUGCAUAAGACCUUCAAGUGAAGGCUUUUCUGUGGGAGAUUGUUUCCAGUAUUCGUAUUUGCUUUUAGACAUUUAGAUCUUGCUUAGUCAAAAUUUCCCAAAUCACUGUACACCAAAUGUACAAAUUGUAUUUUGUUCAUUUAUUUAUGCCUUUUUUAUGGUGUUGUUGUGCCAAAUUUACUUGAAUAUAUUUGUAUAAAAUGUCACACAGAAUUGUUUCUGCUCAUUUUGCUAAUUCAUUUUUAGGUCUAAGCUUGGAGCAACUUUAUUAAAUGUAUGUGGAAAAGCAAA